AUGUCUUUAGACUCAUCAAAGAUUAAUAAAAAAGAUGAACCUAUAUUAUGUUUUGGUUGUAGAGAUAAAUUAGAAGAAAAUCAUGCAGGUAUUCAAUGUGCACAAGGUCAUCAUUUAUGUAUGCCAUGUUCAGCAAAUUUAGUAGCAAUGUGUAUUGCUGAACCAAAUAUAAAUCUUCCACCACGAUGCAUGGUAUGUAAAAUUGAACUAAAUUCAUCAGUUUUUGAACGACAACUCAAACCUGAACAGUUUGUCCAAUAUACAAAUAUUAUGUUGAGUCUUUCGUGGUCAAAAGAUAUUUUAAAAGAUAAUGAGGAACUUAUUUAUUGUGCAUUUUGUUCGUAUGUAGAAAUUCGAGUUAAAUCACCUGGUGCUCAAUUUAUGUUUUGUAAACAUCAAGGUUGCGGGAAAACGUCAUGUUUGAUUUGUUUACAUAAAGUAACAAUGUUAGAAGAAAAUUAUGAUGACAUUGACGAUGAAGAAUAUGAAGAAUAUGAAAAUAAUAUAGAAGAAAUUGAAAAACAUUUUAAAUGUGCAGAACUUGGAGAAGCAAAAAAGAUUGUUGAAAUGGCUAUUGAAAAUGGUCAGAAAGUACCCUGUCCUGAAUGUGGUUUAGCUGGUAUGAAGGAUGAUGCAUGUACACACAUGACUUGUCCAGAAUGUCAAACAUAUUGGUGUUAUUUUUGUGGAUUAAAAGAAAUUGAUUGUGAUAAAAGUAUAUCUGCAUCUACAACGGAAUCAGUAAUACCGAUAUAUCGACAUAAUGAAAGUUGGGAAAUAAAUCCUAAACGUUGCCCGAUGUAUUUAACUGCUGUUUGUGAUAUUGAUGAUAAUUGGCCUGGUGAUGAAAAUGAAUGUCUGGAAUAUUUUCAUCGUAUUCGUUCUCUUAAAUUUCUUCGUCAAGUAUAUGAACAAUUAGGAGCGGAAGUUAUCGAACAACUUAAUGAACGAUUUGGUACUAUUGAUGCAAGUGGUUUUGCUUUAGAUGAUAUUCGAUAUGAAGAUCUUACCUUAAUUAAUUAUGACAAUCAUGAUGAUAUGUCAGACGAAGAAAAUGAAUGCAAUAUUGAUAUGCGAACAGCUGAUAAUACCUUAGACGAAGAAAAUGAAUACAAUGGUGAUAUACCGACAGCUGAUAAUGAAAUUUAUAUAGUAUUGGACUAG